UCUUCCGACUCAAUACCGACAUUUCUCUUCCUAUUCGCCUUGAUUUACGAAUUUAGAAAGAGAUUGAGUUACUGAAAAUUCAGUGGUAUCUCAGAUUCACACUGCAAAUCAAAUUCACUUCUAUGGAACCACAUUAACAGUGUUUACUCCAUUGCGCCGGAGCAUCAAGCCUUGCGCGUAGGUUUGGAAUCUCGUUAGUACCUCCUACUUCCUCUCUGAGACGAGAUUUAAUGCCACAUCCACGAUCAAAGGUGUAGCUGGCGAUAUUAUAUUUACAACCCCUCAUAUGCAAGAGAGCUAACAUUCACUUCUCAAACACAGCUUACCGGUCGAAUUAAUCGAGAAUCAGAUCAGCCAACAAAAACGUCAUGAAUAAUCAGCCACACAACGGUCCUCCAAAUUUCGACCGAGAUCGAGAUAUGGAAGAACAACUUCGACAACGUGCUUUACAGCAUAAGCAGGAAGAGAUGACGACGCAGCGCGAGCGCGACCUUGAAAGACAAGAAAGAGAUCGGCAACAUAGAGAACAGCAAUACCAGCCAGCACCUCCACAUCAAAGCAAUGCCGGCAGUAUCCCAUUGCACCAACCCGUAGCAAACCGGACAACUACGGCUAUGCAUAGUCCAGGAGGAAUUCUUGCUACUCAUGGCACUCCACUAGGAGCUCCAAGUGGACCUGGCAAUGCCUUCGGGGGCCCGCUUCACAAUGACGCAGCACGCAACCUGCAACACCAUGCUCAAAACGCCGCCCAGCAGCCUCAGCAGCAACACAUCUUCAGCUCGGAACCCAUCUUUAGCCGUGGCUCGGGUGCUCCUCAGUCAAAUGCGCCACUUGUUGUUCCAGGCGUCGCAGACGUUGGAUUCGGCAGGCAACAGAUAGUGUCACGAGAGACGACACAGCAGGAGGUAGCAGCUGCAAGACUGAUGCCCUUUGGAGGAGGACCUGUUACUCCCGGUCACCAAAUGCCUGGCCCUGCUGGUCUAACACAAGGUGGUCAACAGCCAAUUCUAAAUGUAUGUUUUCAACAUUAUUCUCUUCGUUUUUUAUGAACGUGUUUUAGCUGUACCUUGAGAGUUUAUACAGAACUAAUGCUUUGUAGGAUGCUCUUAGCUACCUCGACCAGGUCAAAGUCCAGUUCGCAGAUCAGCCCGACGUCUAUAACCGAUUUCUUGAUAUCAUGAAAGACUUUAAAAGUCAAGCGUAAGUUAUUUCAUUUUCAAACUUCGGUAGCAAUUUGGAUAUACCGCGCUCGGCAUACUAACGUUGGCAAUUCACUUUCAGUAUUGACACUCCCGGUGUUAUUAAUCGAGUAUCCGAACUUUUUGCAGGGCAUCCAAAUUUAAUUCAAGGUUUCAACACAUUUCUACCACCUGGAUACAGAAUCGAGUGUGGUGCCGACAAUAAUCCAAACACAAUUAGAGUCACAACUCCCAUGGGAACAACCGUUCAAUCAAUUCCAGGAGCCGGUCGUGCACUUGGUGAAACUGUAGUUAGCCACGGCGGCGGCGCAAACGGAUUUUACAAUCCUCAACGACCAUCAACGACUUGGCAGCAACCCCAGCACAGUAUUGAAAGUCCAGAAGCAGUCUUCAGCCCACCUCAUCAGAGUGCCGCGAUCCCUUAUGGUCAUAAUCAAACACAAAUUGGAUCAUAUGAAGCACAAGCAGCAGCAGCCGCCGCCGCAGCAGCUCAUCAACAACAACAGCGAGGUGUCUCUCAAUUAACGAACGCUGUCAGCGCGACCUUGGGUCAACCACCAAGAAACACCCAAACACCAACACCUGGCGGUAGUUCUGGUAAUUUGAAUGGUUCUGGUGCGCAGCCGGGCAUGGAAAAGCGCGGCCCAGUUGAGUUCAAUCAUGCAAUAAGUUACGUCAACAAAAUCAAGGUAUGAUUAGGAUUUUCUGCCGAUAACUUUUGAAAACAUACUCACCAUUGCCUCAGAAUCGUUUCCAAGAUAAACCUGAAAUAUACAAGCAAUUUCUCGAAAUUCUCCAAACAUAUCAACGCGAGUCUAAACCCAUUCAAGACGUUUAUGGUCAGGUAACUACUUUGUUUGGUACCGCACCCGAUCUCCUGGAAGAUUUCAAACAAUUUCUUCCUGAAUCAGCUGCACACGCAAAAGCCGUUGCAAAGGCGGCGGAAGAAGCAACUGCUAUGCCAGAUGCUUCUCAAAGUGCCCAGCUUGGAAAUAGAGGUCCUUCGGGAGAUACCAAAUUACCAAUCAUGGGAAAUUUUCCGAUCCCUACACCUACGACUGGGAAGACAGAAAAGAAGCGCAAACCUCUCAAUCAAGGAUCUGGCUCCCAGAUGAACAAUGGUGGAGAAGGCUCUGUUCGUGGCGCCGGCCCACAACCUAAUAAGGUAAGAUGAACCUUGAGAUGCUCUUACGAAUUCAUCUUUUUGCAAGAUACUUAUUUAAUACUUUGAUUUCUAUAGCGACCGAAAACCCACCAUAACAACAAGCCACUUGCUGCCGAUGCUACCGCAGUAUCUCCUACUCUGACGCCCAUUGUACCCGAACCACUUCCUCCUGCGUCGAUGUCCGCCGCUAGUUCUGAGGAAUUAGCCUUCUUUGACCGUGUAAAGAAAUAUAUCGGCAACAAGUCCACCAUGAACGAGUUUUUGAAGCUCUGCAAUCUUUUCUCCCAGGACCUCAUAGAUCGAAAUGUUCUAGUUUUCAAAGUUAGCAAUUUUAUCGGUGGAAGUGCAGAUCUGAUGAACUGGUUCAAAUCUUUUGUUGGCUAUGAAGGAGUCGACGAGGUUAUAGACAAUCGGCCAAAGGCUCCGACGGGAAGAGUCGCAUUGAGUAAUUGUCGAGGCUUAGGACCGAGUUAUCGGUUGUUACCGAAAAGAGCAAGUCCUCCAUUACCUCCGUACCUUUAGCAUCAGCACAUUCAAUUAUCGUUUCAUAGAACAUGAAUUUUUUUUAGAAAAUGAGGAUUGUUUGCUAAUAUUCCAUUAACAGGAACGAUUGAAGCCUUGCAGUGGUCGAGAUGAGAUGUGCCAUGCUGUGCUCAAUGAUGACUGGGCUUCACACCCUACCUGGGCGUCAGAAGAUUCGGGUUUCGUAGCCCACCGAAAGAAUAUAUUCGAGGAAGGUCUACACCGCAUUGAAGAAGAACGUCACGACUAUGACUUCAACAUCGAAUGCAACGCCAAAGUAAUACAACUUCUAGAACCAAUUGCCCAGCAAAUCGUUGCUAUGGAUCCAGCCGAGAGACAGAAUUUCCGCAUGCCUAAUACUGCUGGUCCAAACCAAGCCAUUUACAAGCGUGUAUUGAAAAAGAUCUACGGUACCGAAAAAGGCCCACAAGUUGUUUCUGAUCUCAUACAAGAUCCCUGUGCUGUGUUGCCUGUAAUCUUAGCACGGCUCAAGCAGAAGGAUGAAGAAUGGACCUUUACUAGAGUAAGUAUUGUCUAUACCAAUAAUGCAAAAUUGCUAAUAUCAUUAUCAGCGUGAAUGGAAUCCAGUUUGGGGUGCACAAGGUAGUGUCAUGUACUUGAAAAGUCUCGAUCAUAUGGGCAUCCAUGUCAAGCAAGCCGACAAGAAGCAUUUUGCUGCAAAGCAUUUAGUAGAUUCUAUCAAGACGAAGCACGAGGAACAAAGACGUCUUAGAAGUUCUAGAGGUCCCACACCAAAAUACCAGUACUCGUAUCAAUUUGCUGACCAGGAGGUAAUCGGCCAACUUCUACACGUCAUGAUCGUUUAUGCCUGUAAUGCAAACCAACACAGUAGCUCAGAGCGUCGACGAAUUUCCGACUUUUUUGAGAAGUUCAUAUCUACAUUCUUUGACCUACCUGACGAAUUCGUUGCACGUCAUACUGCUGACAUUGACCGUGGAACUCCUGACGACGAAUACGAAGAUAUUGCACCAGCUGAGCUUUCCAAUGGUCGAGGCAGACGGCCAGUCAAUGGGAAAAAAGCAGACUUACGACGAGGGGUACUUGAUAGAGGUCGAAAUGGAACAAGGGGCCGUGGACAGAAGGAGGAUAGCGCUACCGGCAGCAAAGAAUCUACACCGGAUGUUGAUUCUAACAUUGACGAAGAAGUCGCGGAUGUCACUGACGACAGAGCCAUUACUGAAGUCACCAACGAGCGUUGGGCUGCCGUACCAGGUGCAGUUGCUGUUCAAGGAACAAAACCUCUCGAAUCCGACGACUUGGAAAUGAAAGCGGAUCAACCAUUCCAACGUGAUUGGUACAAUUUAUACUGCAAUCAGACCGUGUUUGUAUUCUUCAGUAUCUUCCAAACUCUCUAUCAACGAUUCAAGGAUAUCAAAGAUGCAGAGAGCUCCGCAAGAGCAGAAAUAGAACGUGCAAAGAGUGGCAAGCCUGCGAAACAAAUCGGCCUGCUAAGUGAUAGAAACGAUGAUUUUACAAGUAUUGAAGAUGGUGAAACCUGCUACUCCAAAGUUUUAAGCCAUGUCGAAAAAUUCAUCAAAGGCGAAAUUGAAGAAACCAAGUACCAGGACUAUCUUCGGCAUUACUAUUUGCAGACUGGAUGGAAAAUCUACACCAUUACCGAUCUUCUCAAGAGUCUUUGUCGCCUUGGUUCCAUUUGCUCCUCUCCCGAUUCCAAGGAGAAGACACCGGAUCUCAUUGACCAAUUCCUCCGGAACAGAGAAUCGAAAGAAACAUCGUAUAACAUUGAGAUAAAUUUACGGAAGCAAGCUGAUAAAUAUAUCAAGGAUUCAGAAUUGUUCUUGAUCAGAUGGGUACGCAUUUCCGGUUCUUCUUUAUACGUAUUUACUAACAGGAUACUAGUACCCCAAAAAGAAUGAAGCCACAUCACAAUGGGUUCAUCGAGAUGAAACUACUUUUGACCUAGACAUCAUGCAGAGAAAGGAGCGUUGGCAGUACUAUACAUCUUCUUAUGUCCGCAUUGAACCGACCGAAGGCGUACCCCGCAGGCUUCUUCGCAAGAGCCUCCUGACCCGCAAUUUGCCAUCAGGAGACACCGAUUCUGAAGACGGCUCUAACCAACGGAAACCUCUUAUUUGGGGCGAAGAUUUGACACUUAGAAUUUGUGUGAAUAGCUACAAGAUCAUCUACAAGGAACCCGGCGUAGAAUAUUUCAUAUAUGCCGAUAAAGCUUUAGGAGGUGGUGAAGAUGGUGAGACUAGACAGAGAUUAAAGAAAGUUGAGGAGUCAAGGAAUCAAAGAUUUCAUGAGAAAUUCGGGAUGAACAAUCAAUGGAUGAAGGAAAAGAGCCACGAGGAGGUGAGCAGAAUUAAUCAGGAAUUCAGGAAAUGGGUUAAUGAGGGUGUCCUCCCGUCGGCGCAGGCUGCUGGCGCCAGUACUAGUGUCGCUUCCGGCGGAGCAUUGGCGGCACCACCUUCAGCUACAGCUACAGCAGCUGUAGAUAAUGAAGUUGAUAUGGCUGGCUAAGUCCGGAAGGUCUUUUUUGUCGUAACGAGGCUGGAUAUGGGAGGAGUUCUGGAAGGGUUUCAUAACGACAUCUCUUUUGAAAUCGACAUUUUUUUAACGUUUGGCAAAUUUCAAAGAGCUCGAAUUCCUCUGACUAUGUGGCUGUCAUGGAUUUGUUUGCGAAGGCUGGCAUGGAUAUCUCGUUCUAUGAAAUGAGAGCAUUUGGACUUUCUAGAUUACCUAGUAGUCUUCCGCUUUCAUUCUCAGUAAAAACUGGUACUUGGGUAUGUUUUAAAUGCUGUAUGAUAGACUAAAUUAACUCACUUCAAUGGA